AUGUUAAACUUCACGAAAGAACUAGUGAAGACCCUUGAUGUCAGAAAAGACUUUAUCCGUGUUGGAUGUGCGCAGUUCGCUUCAGCUCCUCACCAUGAGUUUUAUCUCAGUGAUUACACAGAGAAGAAGGAUGUGAUGUCACGAAUUGACAGACUGUCCUACAUUGGUGGAAACACCUAUCUUGGUGAAGCCUUGAAACACAUUAAGGAUUAUUUUGAUGCAUCACACGGCAGUCGUAGAUCUGUCGGGAUCCCCCAGAAUCUGGUGUUGAUCUCAGAUGGUGAUUCUCAUGAUGAUGUGGAGGAAGCAGCUGACAGUCUCAGGGCUCUGGGGAUUGUGGUGUUUGCCAUUGCUGUUGGAGACGUCCACGAUCUGCAGCUUCUGCAGAUCGCUGGCACCCCAGAGAGGCUGUUUACUGUGCAGAACUUCAAGGGCUUGGUAACAAUCAAGCAAAAGGUGAUUGAUGCCAUCUGCCCAGGUGAUGAACCCAAGGAGGGAUGCACCAUUGAUAUCGCCAUGGGAUUUGAUAUCUCUCAAGAAAGAGCUGUGGGUGAGACACUGUUCAGUGGCCACACCAAGCUGAAGGCCGUUCUGCCAGAGAUCGCCCAUUACGUUUCCACAGUACCUGUCUGCUGCAUCAGCCCCUCACCUGUGAAGACCAGAAUCGCCUACCAAGUGGUAGAUCGCACUGGACGUCCUUUUUAUGAUCCACAUUUUGAAGAAUACAAUGAGGAAGUGGUGAAGAAACUCAUCAACCAUCAGGUGUCGAUACCUACCUUCUUCAACCGUGCCCUGCUGCAGGCCUUCACGAAGACCUUCGAGACCCAGUCCAAAGCAAAUGUAAAGGUGCUGGUGAUCUUCUCAGAUGGACUUGAAGAACGUGAUGAAGCUGUGAUAGAACUGAAGAAAGAAACGUACCUUCUGGAAAAGUCUGGGGUCAAUGCUCUGCUGACUGUGGCUCUGGAGGGAGCGCAUAACCCUGCCCAGCUGCAGAUGGUGGAGUUUGGUCGAGGAUUCGGCUACCAUCUUCCUCUCAGCAUUGGCAUGCCGGGUGUCGGCAGCACCAUCCUCGAACAGAUUGACAAGGUGUCAGAUAGAGUGUGCUGUAACGUCCUGUGCAAAUGUACAGGACCUGCAGGUGUCCGUGGAUCUCCAGGCAGACCAGGGACAAAGGGUCUGCCUGGACGGAGGGGUCAGCCAGGCUUCCCGGGAGACGAGGGAAUGAUUGGUGACCGAGGGCUUCCUGGACCCAAUGGAACUCAGGGCAUCCAGGGCUGUCCUGGACUCAGUGGACUGAAGGGCUACAGAGGCACCUCAGGCGACAGGGGUGAGAAUGGAGAAGAUGGACUGGACGGAGUCGACGGCGAGCAGGGAGUGACGGGACUCGACGGAGCUCGAGGAGAGAGAGGACACCCAGGAAACCCAGGUAUCCCAGGUAUCGGUGGGGAGGUGGGGCUGAAAGGACAGCGAGGACUGAGAGGAGAUCCGGGUGAACCAGGUACCGACAACACCGUCCCUGGAGCCAAAGGAGAACCCGGCAACCCAGGUUUACCGGUAAGAAACAUCCCAGAGAAUCCAAGGGUCCAGCUGGACAAGAUGGGCGGCCAGGUCGUGCAGGAGUCACUGGAAACCCGGGUUUACCUGGUGACCCUGGAGCUCGAGGACUCCCAGGCAGCCCAGGUGCUCCUGGUCCACAGGGACGCGCAGGGGCCAAAGGUGACCCAGGACCGAAAGGGAUCUCUGGAUUUACUGGACCUCAGGGUGCACAUGGACCACCUGGAGACCCGGGAGCAGCUGGACGUCGCGGCCCUAAUGGACAAAAGGGUCAGGAUGGUAGAGAUGGUAAUGGAACUCCAGGAAACAAAGGUGCCAAGGGAGAUCCUGGUUUUCCUGGAUACCCCGGUCCACCGGGUGAGGGCGGUCAGGAGGGGAACCAAAGGAUAUCCAGGACGCAAAGGGAACGAUGGUCGAGGGGGGAACUCAGGCAGACCAGGAGAAGACGGUGGGCCUGGAGAUCCAGGAUAUCCAGGACACAGGGGUCCCAGAGGUCCUCCUGGUGCCAAGGAAUCUGAGUGUCAGCUGAUCAACUUAAUCAGAGACAACUGUGGUCCGUUACACUGCCCAGCCUACCCCACCGAGCUGGUGUUUGGUCUGGACAUAUCUGAAGACGUGACCCCGGUCGUCCUUGAGAGGCAGCGCUCUGCUCUCCUCUCUCUGCUGGAGGACAUCACCAUCGCCGAGAGCAACUGUCCAACAGGUGCCCGGGUCGCUGUGGUGGGAUACGGUGCAGACAUCAAGUACCUGAUCCGCUUCCAGGACUACCGCCGCAAGAAACAACUGAUAGAAGCUGUGAAGAACAUCGCUCUGGGGCAUUCAACUAACCGGCGCCAGCUGGGGGCUGCCAUGCGCUCUGUGGGUCAUAACACAUUCAAACAUGUACGUUCAGGACUUGGGAUUAGGAAGGUGGCGGUGUUUUUCUCCAGUGGGCCGACCCAGGACACUAACAACAUUGUUACUGCCAUGAUGGAGUACCAGGCUCUUGACAUUGUCCCGGUGGUGAUCUCUCUGCAAAGCGCUCCUGCUAUUAGUCGAGCAAUGGAGGUUGAUGAAUCAAGACGCUCCAUCUUCACAGUACUGGGGAGGGACAUGGCUGCUGACUUGCGGAAGGUCAAGAACUGUGCAAUCUGUUUCGACCCCUGCACGCGUACAGAAGAAUGCAACUUCAUCCGGGACGUGCGAGCUCCUCAGGAAGUGGAUGCAGACCUGGUCAUGGUGUUGGACAGCUCCAGGGAGAUGCAGGCCGAUGAGUACGCUGGUGCCCAGCAGCUGCUGGGCUCUGUGGUGGAGCAGCUGGUUGUGAGCCGGCAGCCCCGCAGGGCCGGCAGCCAGGCCCGGGUGGCUGUAGUCCAGCAGAGUGGCACCAGAGCUCCCAAGGUGGAGUUUGACCUGCAGACCUACCAGAACCACAACGCAAUGAGGACACACCUGAUCCAGAACAUGCAGCAGCAGGGCGGUGCCUCGGCACUGGGACAGACGCUGGACUUCACCCUGAGGGAGGUGCUCCUGAAGGCCAGUCAGCCCCGCAGGAAGAGGGCGGUGCUGGCUGUGGUGGGCACCCAGACGGCUUACUCAGACCGGACCAAGCUGCAGUACAUCUCCCAGAAGGCCAAGUGUGAGGGGGUGGCGCUGUUUGUGGUGACAGUCAGUAAUCGCUACAACCGGACACAGGUGGAGGAGCUGGCCAGUGCGCCCACAGAGCAGCACCUGAUCCACGUCAGCAGACUGAAGCCUGACGAGCAGGGCUACGCCCAGCGCUUCUUCAAAGUCUUCCUCUCUGCCCUCAACAAGGGAAUGAACGCGUAUCCUCCUCCUUUAUUAAAACAGACCUGUGACCAGCUCAGAGAGCCAGAAGAAGGUCUGGGGUCAGCAGAUCUGGAGGUGGGAGAUGAGCCGGAGGUGGAGAGGUUCCAGCCACAGAUGGGAGGACAGACUCAGAUCAAACAGCUGGAUGUUGUCAACACGAUGACCAGAGGACACAGCCAGAGUUCACCCUCAGGAGCCGAGCUCAAUGAUCUGGACAUCCUGCCGCAGACGCCGCUGACCAGCUCUGUGUCCAAAGAUGUCUGCUCUCUGGCGCAGGACCGCGGCAGCUGCAAGAACUACACCAUAAUGUGGUUCUUCGACAACAGUCUGGGUAGAUGUUCUCGCUUCUGGUACGGAGGCUGCAGCGGCAACGAGAACCGCUUCUGGACGCAGAAGGAGUGUGAGAACCGAUGUCCCACCAAGACUCCAGGAAGAAGAGGAGACGUUAUAAGACUUCGCCGGAUUGGUUGAAGAAAACUGCCGCUCUGCACUCAACAUAAAUCAGGAAUAACCUUAAAACACACAUGCAUCUUCAAGGCAAAAUAGAAAUAUUUAAAAGCCGAGAUCACAGCUGAGUCUGUUGUGGUUCAGUGAAACUGUUGAUCAAAACACAUCCAGGAAAGUUUACACUGAUCCAGAGCUCGGCUGCUGCUGGUUAACAGGCUUUUCAUAUGGAUCAGUUGUUUUUUAUUUUCUCUUGAACAUGCAUGUUUUGUUUUUCCCAAAAAAGAGAGCAUUUUAUUUCUGUGAAUUCUGCUGAGUUUUUUGUUUGUUGCACUUUCUGUUGGACGUUGAUUCCACCUUUUUACUGUAUCUGAUCGUCACUCAACAGACUUCCGCUGAAAAUGCUUCCUUCAGGAUUAAAAAAAAAAGUUCUUUAUGACAUGAGGUGCUAUUUUUGCUGCUGACCAAACACCACCUUUCUUUUUGAGCAGCUAGACGAAUUACAGGAAUUUGCAAAAAAGCAGGUCAUGUGGUUAAUCUACAGUCAGUUACUUUUCUACAGCAACAUUAUAUAGUUUGUAAAAGUUUCUUAUUAAAAUGUACAUUUCUGAAAUUUC